AUGGAGUCGAUGUCCCAUAGCAAUUACGCGGACGACGGCCUACCAGCUGAACUAUUCAAGUUUGACGGCGAGGAGUCGAUAAGGCUCAUGCAUCAACUCUUAUGCAGAAUAUGGCCAGAUGAACGCAUGCCCAACGACUAUGAGUCCAAAUUGAAUUCUGGCGCGUGGGAGAACUCCCUACCUGCACUCGAUACUAAUAGCUCUGAGCUAUCUCCACACGGCGAUAGCAACAACGGCAGCAACACGACUACUACGACGGCACAAUUGCAUCACAACGCCCCUAAUACGCCGCUGCGUCGUCACGACCCGCUAAACUCAUCGCGCACCUCAUAUAACGGCUUACAUACGCUGUUAAAUUCUAACCCGCUUGCAGCACCGCUGCAACAAUAUCAAAAGCAACAACAGCAGCAGCAUCAUCAUCAGCAUAGCAAAAGCUGUGGCAGCCCUAGCAGCGUCAGCAAGCCAACUAACGAGGCGGAAAAUAGCACAGCCGCCCUAGUUGCGAAUACAAAUAACACAAUUGCUGGCGGAAGUAUCAGCACCAACGGCGGCUCAGCGGCCGUUGGUGUAAGCACUGCAACUGCAAACACAGAUACCGCAAGCAAUAGCCAAAGCGCCGCAUCCACAAAUUCAGCUUCAAAGAAGCGUCUCGAACACAACGCCUCUACACGCUCCGUACAAUCCGAGGACAGUUGGUGUUCGGAGCAAUCGAUACAUCAAGAAGCCAGCGCCGCGAAUAGCAGCACACAGCACUCAGCUUCCGACGAAGAAGCAGCAACGGAGGACGAACGUGAACGCGAACGUGAACGCAGCAGCGUGACGUCGUUGAGCGCAACCAAUCAACGCAAUUCACAAUUGCGUUCCACACUCAACAAGGCCAAACAGCAUUUGUCCUUUGACAAAUGGCGCACGAGUUCCUCGAACAGUGGAAACGCUGCCAACAACACAUCCACGAAUUGCGCAAUAAAUUCGGCGGCCAGCAACGGCGCCGCUGAUAGCAGUGGUAGUGGCAGUGGCAGUGGCAGUAGCACGCAUACACGUCGUGCUAGCGCCUGCACCAUGCCGACAGCACAUCAAAGCGCUCGCGAGGAUCUCACCACACCAGGUGAGUCGCCAGGUGGGCGAUUGUCACGCUGGUUCUCGAUACGGCGCGGUUCAUCACAUCAGUACGAUGUGGGUGGACGAGAUGGCCGCCAAUCGGCAGCCUCAAGCAUUGAUAUACCGGAUUCAGCAGCGCUUUCAGCUUGCGGCGAUUCAGCGCAUGCAUCACCACAAAAGCUAAGCGCCAAUAAAAUGCCUGGUGUGCCAGAGAACGACGAUGAAGAGGCCGCUUUAACGUCAUCAUGUUUCGAUUUAGAUCUAAUGUUGCCGCCGGGCAGUCGCGCCAAUGGCACUGCAAACAAUGCGCAUUCCCGCCUCAUUACGCCAAUGUUGCCACCCGCACCGCCAGGCUUGUCGCAGCAACAGCUGAAACGGCGUCACAUUGUGGCGGCAAUUGUGCAUAGUGAAAACUCAUAUGUGGCCACCUUGCAACGUCUAGUCAAU